AAUGGUAAUGGAUGAACAAAUUCAGCCCUUUUGACUCCUCAGUUUCAGUAGCAAAGGAUACUUCAAUUUCGUACUAACAGUUUAGGAUUUUUUUUUUCGAUUUUUUUUUUUUUUUUUUUUUUGUUUUUUUUUUUUUUUUUUUUUUUUUUUUUUUUUUUGGCUGAUUGUUAUGGUGAUCAGAGCAGGUGAACAUGUGGCUUGUGAUUACUGCGGGGAUAACCCGGCAAUAAUCUACUGCCGCGCUGAUUCGGCCAAGCUGUGCUUGUCAUGUGAUCAGCACGUGCACUCAGCCAACGCCCUUUCCAAGAAGCAUCUCCGCUCGCAGAUCUGUGAUAAUUGCGGGUUGGAACCCGUUUCUGUAAGGUGCGCCACCGACAACUUGGUGUUGUGCCAGGAAUGUGAUUGGGAUGCCCAUGGUAGCUGCAACGUGUCUUCCUCACACGACCGGGUUCCGGUCGAGGGAUUUUCGGGUUGCCCGUCGGCGCUCGAGCUGGCGUCGGCUUGGGGAUUGGAAAUUGAGGAUAAGAAACCGUUGGGUUUGAGCUCGGGUUCGGACCCGGGUUGGUGGGGUGGGUUGUUGGAAUCGUGGAUGACUAAGGAAGGUUUGUCCAGCUCGGUGAUGUUGCAGGAUCUGAUUGUGCCGAAUGGUUCAGCAAUUUACUCGAAUUGUGGUGGGGAGAUGAUGAAGGGGAGCCCUAACUGUGGGAAGCAGAAGCAGGUGAUUCUGAAGCAAUUAUUGCAGCUGUAUAAUCAGGAAUUCGCUGAUGGCGGUGCCGAUGGUGGUGGUGGUGGUGGUGGUGGGGAGGAGGAGGAGGAGGUUGGACCGGGGACUCCGAGGUAUCAGGGUACUGAGAUUGUGCAAUACCAGGAACAACCACAAGAGAGGCAGCAGCAAAAUGGGGGUUUUACUUCAUUGCUAAUGAUGCAAAAGCCACUUAAUCCGAAAGAGGAAGGGAAUAUGUUAUGGAAUACAAGCACAUCUGGUCACGGCACACAGAUAUGGGAUUUUAAUUUGGGACAAUUGAGGGGCCUUGAGGAAUCUAGUGCAUCAGAAUUGGAAUAUGGUGCGAUGCAAAAUUCUGGAGAACUACAAAAAUGUGCAUCCUUGGCAGCUAGAAGAGGAGUAGCCCUCUCUGGAGUAAACUUUCCAAUUGCACAUGAGAAUCCCAUACCCUUUAACUUUGGAGAGACACUGACAACUGCCAAUGCCUUUAUGCAGCCCUUAUAUUACGUCACAAGUACCUCAAAUAAUCCAACAGCAAGCCAGGGACCUGCAACAUCUGAGAGCAAUAAUUUACCGGUGUCAAGGCCAAAAUCAUGUUCAGGUCUUUCUAAGCCCAGUUCGGGUGGCUCAAAAGACAUUAAUUUUGUGGAUCAUACGGGGUUGGUGAAAAAUGAAAGCACCACAGCUGCAAUAACCAAGGCUGAUAAGGAGCUUCUGGCAAGGAACAGAAGCAAUGCUAUGCAACGGUACAAGGAAAAGAAGAAAACCCGGAGAUAUGAUAAGCAUAUACGGUAUGAAUCAAGGAAGGAAAGAGCUGAUACAAGGAAAAGAUUUAAAGGUCGAUUUGUGAAGGCUAGUGAAGCUCCAGUUGGAUAGGCGACUUAAUAUCAAUAAUUCUGUAAUCACAUAUUUCUUGCUUUGCUUGUAUGUAUAACUUCAUAUUGCCAAAUGGUCUUGUUCAAACAAGAUGUGUGAUUUUCCCAAGUGCUCUCUGUGAGGUUGUGCGCAAAUAGUUGCAAUGAUCAUAUGACUCCAUGUUAUGUGACGAUCUUAUCAUGUUAAUGGGUAGGAAGAUGGUUUUCUGUUUCA